GCAUAAGCGUUUUACGUGCGACGCAGAUGUGUAGUAUGUAAGCAGCAUCCUAGUGGCUGUCUGACUGCGACCACCAGGUCUUUAUUUUCAUCGUCACACUGCAGGUGGAUCUGAGAGAAGCCGGAACUGUGUUUCUUAUAGACAGUCGGAUCAAUAUUUCUUUUAAAAUUACUUAAACAACACGUUGUAAGAGCCGGUCCCUCUGAUGAAGCUAACAGUUAGCUUAGCCUCUGUUAAGUGAACUGUUAAGUCUGUGUCUGUGAGGAAGGUUAAACCUUAUCAAAUUACAAUCAACUACUACUUCAACAGCAGAAGAUACAAGGACAAUUUCUGAAAGCCUCAAGGUGACAGAUACAGUUUGAGUUUUACGAGCUGUCAAGGAGGCGCUAGCCCACGUUUAGCCGGUCUCACUUCCUUGUGUAGUUCGAGGUCAUUCUGUCGGUUUCGUCAGAGCCAGUGAACCGUUAGCGGCGAACCAUGAAGAGUCUACCGUACUUCUGCCGCGGAGAGGUCAUCCGAGGCUUCGGGAGAGGGAGCAAAGAGCUGGGGAUUCCCACAGCCAACUUUUCAGACUCAGUGGUGGACAAUCUUCCAGCAGAUAUCAGCACAGGAAUCUACUAUGGCUGGGCAUGUGUGGGUAACGGGGAUGUUCACAAAAUGGUGAUGAGCAUUGGCUGGAAUCCGUACUACAAAAAUACAAAAAAGUCAAUGGAGACCCAUGUGAUUCACACGUUCAAGGAGGAUUUCUAUGGGGAAGUUCUCAGUGUUGUCAUGGUGGGCUACAUCCGUCCAGAGAGAAGCUAUGACUCUCUUGAAGCUCUGAUUGCCGCCAUCAACAAUGACAUUGAGGAAGCCAAGGUCAACCUGGAGCUCGCAGAGCAUCUCAAACUGAGAGAGGAUAACUUCUUCACCAGCACCUCAUCUACAGGCCUGGCCACCACCACCACCACCACAGCAUCCACAUCACAGACUAUAAUGAAUGGUCACUGACAGCUGGCUGUGACUGUAGCACUUAAUGUAUACACAAACAUUUCUGAAGAUAAGGCUUUCUGCAUUCGUACUCAUUAGAUGCACCGCUUUGUAGAUAUAAAUUAUAAAAGACACAUUUUUUAAAAUUAGUUAGAUAUAUUAGAUAAUGUUAAUUUGUGUAUGUGUAUAUGUAUAUGUGUAUAUAUGUAUAUGUG